ACUAGGGUAACCGUUUGCUUUCGGUUGAAAAUCGAAUUAACGUCUUUGCAAUCCGUUAGGCAGAUAAUGAACGGGGCUGUAGCUCUGACUCCAGCAGAGGGAGAGAGUUUACCUUACGAUUCCGCUUCCUGCUCGACGGGCUUGAAAGGUGCAAUGUCAACAAAUAAGGAUAAAGACAAAGCACUUAAUAAAACAGACAAUGAGGAAGAGAAAAGUAAAACUUUUAAAAACAUUCCACCAGCCCUGAACAAUGCUGAGAAAGAAUUGAGCAGGAAACGCAAGAAUAGCAUGGUAGAAAAUAGCCUGAACAGAAUGCACAAGGAAGACAUUCCAAAGAAGCAGAUAAACAAAGAAAUAAAAAUUGAUCAAAGCGAGGUCUAUAACAAAACAGAAAAGAAGAUUAAAGGAAAUAUGUUAAAGAGAUCUUCAUGCCAGGAAUCCUUUGAAGAUAUGCUCUUGGAUAUGGAUGAACAGCUCAAAGAACUCUGUGUCAAGAAACAAAAAGAUAAGGACAAAAAGCACACAAAAAGGGGAAAAAAUGUUUCCAAUAAGCCACAAGACCAGAAAGAAAAUGGUUUUAACAGUAAACCCGAUAAUGAAGUGGAGGCAAGCAGAAAUCGUAAGGACAUAACUGAAAAAAUAACUGAAAAGCUAACAAGCAAACAAACUCCAGAGACAGAAGAUCAGCAUUUGGAGGAGCUUAAUUUGAAAGUACAGUCAGAGCUGCAGAACUCUGAAGACAAUGGCGGAAUUCAAGAAAGCAAGAUAAAAAAGGAACCUGACCAUGUUGAGGAUCCUUCCACAAAGCUGGUUGAGAAUCAAGAUAUGAAUGAAGACUCAUUUCCUGUUGAAAGUACUAAGAAAAGGAUCCGCUGUGAUAUCAAUUCGGAGCAGAAGAGGAAGAAGUCCAAGUGGUUAAAAACUGAGGAAGCUGAGGAGGAUGAAAUUCCUCAGGCAAAUGGAAAAAGACCUGUAAAGCAAACCAAGAAUGGGAAGAAUAACAUCAUGCUGAAAAAGAAGAAACAACUGAAGAAGGUUGAAAAAAACAAGAAACAAUUGAAAGUGAAGGAAGAGAAAAAGAAAGAUGCAGAGAAGUGGAAAUGGUGA